CUUACCACCAGGAUCACUGAGCUGCUGAGCGGAGAGGUUCCUAUAAGGUGUCAGGAUGUCACUGUCUAUUUCUCCAUGGAGGAGUGGGAGUAUUUAGAAGAACACAAGGGUCUGUACAAGGAUCUCAUGAUGGAGAACCACCAGUCCCUCACAUCGCCGGAUGGAUCCAGUCAGAGAAAUCCACCAGAGAGAUGUCCCAGUCCUAUGUAUUUCCAGGACUGUCCAGAGGAGAAACCAAAUAUCCCACUGGAUCAUCAGGAAAUAUCUGGUGAAACGACGUGUGGACUCGAAAAACCCAUAUCCGUGUCUGUAAAUGGUAAGGAUGAGAUGGGAGACUCUAAUGGACAUCUCCUAUUAUUGAAAGAAGAACAAGAUAACAAUGUCACACAAGCUAAUUCAGUAACACCUAAUGUGGCCCAUUAUAGUAGAGAUCUAUCCACCAAUAAUGCUGGACUCAAGAAACUUUGGUCUAAUCAAUUACUGAUUGACAAUACAAGAACAGAACAUGGAAAAUUAUUACAUGGGAAACACUUUAAAAAGAAAUAUAAUCAAUCUAUACAUGAAAUUAUUCACAAUGCUGAAAGGCCAUUUUCAUGUUCACAAUGCAGGAGGUGUUUUAGCAAGAAAUCAAAUCUUGUGGAACAUCAGAGAACUCACACAGGGGAGAAGCCAUUUUCAUGUUCAGAAUGUGGUAAAUGUUUUGGCCAGAAAUCUGUUCUUGUUAAGCAUCAGAGAACUCACACAGGAGAAAAACCAUUUUUAUGUCCCGAUUGUGGAAAGUACUUUAGUCAAAAAUCAAAUCUAAUGGAACAUCAAAAAAUUCACACAGGAGAGAAACCAUAUUCAUGUUCACAAUGUGGGAAAUGUUUUAGCCAAAAAUCGGGUCUUGUUAAACAUCAAAUAAGAGUUCACUCAGGGGAGAAGCCAUUUUCAUGUCCUGAAUGUAGGAAAUGUUUUGGUCAGAAAUCCAAUUUUGUAGAACAUCUAAGAACUCACACAGGGGAGAAGCCUUUUUUAUGUUCGGAAUGUGGGAAAUGUUUUGGUCAGAAAUCAGUUCUUAUUAAUCAUCAAAGAGCUCACGCUGAGCAGCCAUUUUCAUGUUUAGAAUGUGGGAAAAGUUUUAGUCAAAAAUCAAGUCUUGUUAAACAUAAUCUGAGAACUCACUCAGGAGAGAAGCCAUUUUCAUACACAGGGGAGAAGCCAUUUUCUUGUUCAGUAUGUGAGAAAUGUUUUAGUCAGAAAUCAAGUCUUGUAGAACAUCUAAGAACUCACACAGGAGAGAAGCCGUUUUCAUGUUCAGAAUGUGGAAAGUAUUUUAGACAGAAAUCGGGUCUUGUUAAACAUCAUCUGAGAACACACAGAGGAGAGAAGCCAUUUUCAUGUCCUGAAUGUGGGAAAUAUUUUGGUCAGAAAUCAAAUCUUGUGGAACAUUUAAGAACUCACACAGGGGAGAAGCCAUUUCCAUGUUCAGAAUGUGGGAAAUGUUUUGGACAGAAAUCUGUUCUUGUUAAGCAUAAGAGAACUCACAGAGGAGAGAAACCAUUUUCAUGUCCGGAAUGUGGGAAAUCUUUUAGUCAGAAAUCAAAUCUUUCUGAACAUCAAAGAAUUCACACGGGGGAGAAGCCAUUUUCAUGUUUCGAAUGUGGAAAAUGUUUUAGACAGAAAUCCGGUGUUGUUAAACAUCAUCUGAGGACUCACAUCGGGGUGAAGCCAUUUUCAUGUCCUGAAUGUGGGAAAUGUUUUAGUCAGAAAGCAAAUCUUGUGGAACAUCUAAGAACUCACACAGGGGAGAAGCCAUUUUCAUGUUUAGAAUGUGGGAAAUGUUUUAGCUGCAAAUCAGGUCUUACUAAACAUCUGAGAACUCACACAGGAAAUGUAAGAGCUGUUGAAGGUAUGGAGCUUCAUUGUUAGGCCUGCUGCCUAAGGAUGCCUUCUGAUGUAUAACUUAAGCUUUUGAGAACAUGUGCUGUAAGAGAACGAUGUUUUAACUGUUUUAUGACACAAACAAAGCUG